AUGGAAAGAAAUUAUGUCUCAGCUAGCCAGGUACAGGCCACUGGCUAUACCAUGAUCGCCUUGUCGUCGGCGGUGGUCAUUGCUCGGUUUAGUCUGAUCUUCUGGAAAUUACGGUCGCUGCAGGUCGAGGAUGGCUGCAUUCUGCUGUCGUGGGCCUGCUUCCUGGCCAUGAGCAUUGCGUACAUUAUCGUCACCCCGGUUGUGUACAAAAUCGAUGCGUAUACGGAUGGCAAGAUCGGUCCUUGGGCGACUAUGCUGUCCGACGCCCUUUUCAUGAUCAAGGUCUUUUUUGCGAACACCAUGCUAUUAUGGGGGUCGCUGUGGUCCGUCAAGCUAUACUUUCUCUUCCUCUAUCGCCGACUUCUCCAGGACCUGCCGGGUGAGAUGAAGUGGUGGUAUGCGACCUUUAUCGGGGCAAUUGUAUCUAAUUUUACCUCUUGUCAAAGGGAGUGCAGUACACAUCGAGACGCCGUGGCAGAGAUUGCCAGUCUGUAUUAUAGUUUUGCGGUCGAUGCAAUCAGUGAUAUAAUGAUCAUGGUGCUGCCGUUGCGACUGGUAGUGUCGCUGCGCCUUCCACUGGGCCAGAAGAUCAGUGUUGCAGCCGUGUUUGCCUUGGGCACCAUCUGCGUGAUCAUGGCGGUUGUACGAGUCAUCCAAAUUGGCACUCGAGCCAACAACGACAGCACCCCAAGCAGUUCCUGGCUGGCAUUCUGGGGUAUGAUCGAGGCGGGAAUAGCUGUCAUUGUCGGCUGUCUUCCAGCUUUCGCGAUCAUUUACCGCCGCACCAAGAACCCACAUCGCUACCGGAGCAGCUAUGUCGGUAUGUCCUCGUCAGUUUACGUGCCACAGGAAGAUGUCGCCUUGUCGGAGCUUGCUACACGUGGAGAGAAUACUGGCACGGGCGAGACAGGCUUGAAAGCAUUCAACACUACGCCGGAAUUACCGAUGGAAUUAUCUGGCGAGGAGUGAGGUGCUCAACAAUUGACAGUGAUGUUUAUGUGGUUACGAGAAAAAGUUAUGCUUUAACAUCCAAUGAUCAACGCUUCAAAACUACAUUGCAUGUCUGAGCGGCUACUGAUUAUUAAUUCUAAGAAGGACGCCUGACAGCUAGUAAGCACUACUGCACCUAGCGUUGAUAGCGACAAGAUCGAUAAAUGACACUUCCAGGCACAACACAACAUAAAUAGCAUGACCCCUCUUCGAACAAAGCACUUUACCUUUUUCAUUUCCUCUUACCCCCUCCAUACAUCUCCACACCAACCUCACCACCAUCAUGUCCCCAAUCCCCAGCUACUCCCGCCCCGGCCGCGGCCAACACUUCCAAGAAGCCUACGGCUUCGCCGAAGCCUGCAUAGCCGGAGACCGAAUGGAAAUAGCCGGCCAGAGUGAGCCCCUUCCCCCAGCCUCAUUCCUC